CUUGCCGGGGCUAGCCAGGGCGGGGUGGUGCCCAGCGCAGGGAAGGGGCGGGACAGCGGCUCCGGGGCUCUGUCAGGGGGGCUGGGCUCCUUCCUUUGGCCUUGGAACACUGUCCUACCUAUGUGGCUUCUGCUCCCGCAUUGCGACACCCCAUUUUCUACGUCUCCCUCCUCGUAGGGGACUCUGGGCUUCUAGAAGAAACUGCCACUUUCUCCCUCCACGGCCACCGUUACAACCCUUCCCCCACUCCAUAUCUGGGUUCACCCUUCACCCUCCUGUGGGAUUAUCCCCCUCCCCCCGCCCGCCCAGCCAGUCACCUCAAGGACUAGCUAAAUCUGAAUUCUAGAGGGCCACUCUUGGUGGCAGCCAGUCCCUGGACUGAGUCCUUCCCCCAGUCUCCCUUCUUUUCAAAUUGUGAAUUGUCUCAUGUGGGGUCACUUGACCCAUUUCCCCUAAGUGGAAUACAGGGUGCUGACCCCUCUUCCAACUCAGACUGCCAGUGGGGCUCUCUUAAAGGUGCAUUCUGCCAUGUCCAAAAUUCAGAGACUGCUGGGAGGAGGUGGUCCCUGGGGCCUUCCACCUUAAUGCUGUUACUGCCAUCUGAUUGUUCUGGCAUGUCCCCUGAAAUGGGUUGGGUGAAGGGAUGGGGUUCCAGUGUAGGAGGGAUGGAUGCUUGAACACCUGGAGCAGACAAACUUGGGAAGACAGGGCAUAUAAUAGGGCUUUACUCAGCCCAGGAGAGGGCAUGACAGGGUGCUGGAACCUGGGUGGGUAGGGGACAGGAAGAGAGGCCUCUCUGGGGCUAGAAUCAAAAAAAGCUGUGGGAAGGUCCCCAACCCAGGGGCAGCUCCGACCUCAGGGCCAGGGCACUGAUAUCCCCAGCCUUUCGUUCUGUGGACCCAGACAAUUGGUGUCUGCUGGGCAGCACAUCUAGAAGGGAGUCCCUCCUGGUGAGGACUAGAGCACCCAACCGUCUCUCACUCUGGAUGCAGGGGCAAUGGAGUGGACGGGGAUAUGGGGCCAGGGAGAGGCCAGUGGAGGCAAGUGUAGGAGAUUCAAGCAGCAGGUCCUAGGAGCGCCCACACAGGUUAGUACGGCCCUCUCCCAAGACCCUGACCCAUCUGGAAUGGAUGGAAAGAAGGGGCACAAGGCCCUGCAGCCCAGCCAGGCUCUCAGCCUAGUGGAAGGCCACAGUUUAAGAGUCUAGCCUCUGUUCUCCAAGGCCCUGGCUAUUUCUUCUCCCACCUCCCUUUUACGGUUAUCCUUGGGGAGCCUCCAGGUUUGGGGUGAGUGGUGGCAUGCAGAUAGGAAGACGGAGGCUCAGGCCAUCAUAUCCCAGGAUCGCCUAAAGUUCCAUUACCCUAAUAGCCCCCAAUAAAUUAGCUAAUACAUAUUAAGUACUUGCUGUUUGUCUGGCACUGUUCUAAAGCACUUUAUUUGUACUUUAAGAUCCUUAAACAAUCCCCAUGCAAUGGGUCCUAUUAGUAUCCUCAUUCUGCACAUGAAGCAAUGAGAGGUUGGGUGACUUGGCAUUAGUCACACAGCUUCUAAGGGAGCUACAGUGCCAGGACUCAGAUGCAGGCCAGCUGACUUUAGAGAUGGCCCUCAACCCCCUGCCAUACUGCCUGCCUAAGCUACCAGGCCACCAUGAUCUCCCACUGUGUGUCCAGAGGUGAGUGGUACAAUGGAGGAGUAGUCCAAGAAAUGAAACUGACAUGUAUACGUACACGCAGAGACACACACCUACCUUUGUUUGUGCAAAUGUGUAACCACAUUCAAUGUCACCCCUAAGCGUUCCCACGUGCACACAACUCACUCUCUCACACGCUCUCUCUUUCUCUCUCUCUCUCAGCCCAGGCACGGGAGCAUGCACAGAUUAUCUGCAUGGAGGGGAUGAUUACCAGAUCUCCCCCCUUCCCUCCCUCUUGGACUCAAGUAGGCGGGGCUCAAGCUUCUCUGACCCCUCCUGGUUCCCACUGGCUCCUGAAUCCUCUCUCCUCCAUGCUCCCCUGCCCUCCAAACCUCCUCCCCCAGCCCCAUCCUGGCCGUUGGCUGCGGCCUGGAGCAGCAGCUGACUCCACUUAGAUGCUGGCAGUCCCUGUCCCAGAUCAAAGGCAGGACGGCUAAUUGUGCAUCUUAACAAGCCCCCCCUCCCUCCAUGCUCCAGGCAGCCCAGCUGGCCAUGGCCCCACCCCUCUCCCCCACCAGCUGGCCAGAUGGCACAGUGCCUGCGUCUGCCCCAGACAGUUGGGGCCAGGACCGAAACUGGGGCCCUGAAUGGGAGCUGGGGGCAGACCCAGGAGGCUGGGCUUCUCUGAAUCCUGGAUGCUUGGAGCACAGGGUGGUCACACAAGCCCUGCAUGGCCACCCCUACACGUGGCCGUGACAGCUGCCAGAGGCCAUGGCAUGGUGUCCUUAGCUGCCUAGGGUAGGUAGGGGUGUUUUCUGUAAAUUGUGAACUACAUUUUUCCUGACUCCUCUGGGCCUGCCUCUGAAUGUAACAGAGCCUGGAAGAUGCUGAGUGGCCCAGCACAUCCCCCUGAACCAGCGUCUUGCUCUUUCUUGGUGGCAAGCGUAGAUAGGGCCAUAGGAACUGGGGCCAGGGCUACAUGGGUUUCUUACACAGGAGCAUGUCUUCCCUAGAGCCAAAUGUCCUUUAGCAGAAAGUUACCAGGCCUGGGAGCUGAGAGAGCUGGGGCUGGGGCUGCUACAUAACCCCUGUGAUCUUGGGCAUCUCCCUCUUGCACUGUGUGUGUGUGUGUGUGUGUGUGUGUGUGUGUGUGUGCUGGAGGGGGGAUAAUUUCUGAGGCCUGAGCUGUUUCUGGAGGUCUGAAUAUUGCCAUUUGUCCUAGCAGUGGGCUGAUGAGCCCCCUAGCAAUAGGGGAAGCGCUGAGAGUUCCACAGCUAAAAGGCAGGGAAAAAAUGCUGGGUGUACUCCCUAGGGAGUUGGGUCUGCCCUCCUUUCCCUUGGGCCCCACUUCCCAUGUCAGUGUCUAUUUCUCUGCAGCUCCCAACAAUUCCCAACAUCCUCUUAAAAGGCUUCAGCCCAAUCCCCAUCCCCUCCUGUCUGCUCAUAGCUGGGCUCCUUGCAGAAAAUGUCCUGAGAUGCCACAAGCUGGAGAGAGAAGAUAGACAGGGACGGCCUGCUUCUCAGGCUUCUGGUGGCCCAUGUGAUUUAUUCUAAAGUGGGUCAUUAGCUGCUGGGCUCUGUCCGUAAUUGGGGGAAACAAAAACUAAUGGCCUGAAACUGCAGCUGUAGUGAGUGGCAUGAGACAACAUGAAGAACUUCUCAACAGUCGCUAAUGUUUGUGCGGUACUUACUAUGAGUAAGGUGCUCUUUGAAGUACUUGCAGUUUACUAACUAACUCAAAUCUUGGGACAACAAUGAAGCAGAUAGUAACAAUCUUGUUUUACAGAUGAGAAAACUGAGGCAUAGAGGUCAAGUCACUUGGCCAAGGUCAUGUAGCUAUUAACAGUAAGUGGAAGAGCUAAGAUUUGAACCCAGACAAUUGGGCUCCAGAGUUCAUACUUUGAACUAUACACAUCUUGCCUUUUUUGUGGGGGGGGUGGCUAGGUAAGGAUGGAGGAGAGGACCCUGUGAUGCAGAGGGUGAGCUUGGGGGGGGCUGCAGGAUUGGGCUAGGGUCUCUGUCAAAUCCUGGUUGGCUCUCUGAGGUCUGUGGGAACUCCCAGAGCACGUCCUUCCAGGCUUUGAUGCUAGGGUGGAAGGACCCAGAGUAUUUUUCUCUGAAUCUCUGGUCUCCUGCAAGCCUUCAGUCUCCUGCUAGGGUCUGGGCUUCCCCCAACAGGUGCCUAUGGCACAGGUGAGUUCUCCUCCUCGUGUGGAGGCUGCGAUUGCUCCUGGCUUCUUCUCCCACUGCCCACACUCUCGGUUUCAGAGGCGGGUCAGAGACAUGUACCAGAAAAUGCCGCUAGCUGGUCCCUUCUUGGAUGCAGAAUAAGCCAGAAGCCUCUUGUGGGUCCAGAAGCCGGAGCCUCCUCUGGAAAUAGACAUCCCCCUGCCAAGGAGGCCCAGACUUACCAGGGCCUUCCCAGAGGAUGGCUCAGGCUGGAAACGUGGAAGAAAAAAGUAGUGUAGACAAGUCCUGGGCCCCUGAAGCUGGUUCAUCAGGGUCUUUGUGCCCGCCGAGCAUCUCAAGGAAGGCAUCUGUCUUAGCAUCACCCCUGUCUUAGCUCCCACUCAACUUUCAACACUACUGCAGGGCACUGAGCUGAUUUCCAGAAUUCCUCAAACAACCCCUUCUGCUGACCUAGACCCAACGCUGGCUGGACGGCUGGGCGGUGCCCUUUUCUGAGCAGAUUUUCUGGGAUGCCUGUAGACAGGGAAAGGGAAAACUCUGCUGGCUCUUUUCUCUGCCUCUUGAACCUGGCCAUCAGGGAAUGUUCUGUAGUGGGUGCCAAAGGGGGUGGCACCAGGCAGGCAGCCUUGGGGUUGGGAGCUUUAGGAGGACUCCAUCUCCUCUUACUUACCCUUCUGCCCAUUAGCAUCUUCUGGGGCCUGGAAGUCCAUCACAAGUGAUUUAUUUUUUAGAUUAAAUUUUGCCUUCUUUCUGCAGGCUUAUUUUUAAAUUGCAAAUAUUACACGAGAGGUAAUAGAUUAAGUCCCUGAUCUUAAAAAAGAAUGUUUACCAGAUACUUUCUGUCCAACAGGAGGGAAGUAGACACAAAUUCUGAGCUUGCUAAGGGUGAUGUUAAUGAAACAGGGAAUGAAGUGCAAAACGAAAAGAGGGCUCUGGGGGAGACCUCCUCCACUCCACCCUGCACCCGGAACUUCUGGGGUGAUUUCUGCCCUUCUUUGAGUCUGUGUCCUUGUACCAGACCUUCCCCCAACACUGGGCCUUGGUUUCUCCUUCGUAUGAGCCUGUUCCCCGGAUCUCCACCCUCAGGUUUUCGAGAGAGCGCCUUCGCCUACGCCAUCGCAGCAGCCGGGGUCGUGCAUGCCGUGUCCAAUGCUUGCGCCCUGGGCAAACUGAGGGCGUGCGGCUGCGACGCCUCCCGGCGUGGGGACGAGGAGGCCUUCCGUCGGAAGCUGCAUCGCCUGCAGCUCGACGCGCUGCAGCGCGGGAAGGGCUUGAGCCACGGGGUCCCAGAACACCCGGCCCUGCCCCCUGCCAGCCCGGGCCUGCAGGACUCCUGGGAGUGGGGCGGCUGUAGCCCCGACGUGGGCUUCGGGGAGCGCUUCUCUAAGGACUUUCUGGACUCGCGGGAGCCCCACAGAGACAUCCACGCGCGCAUGAGGCUCCACAACAACCGAGUUGGGAGGCAGGCGGUGAUGGAGAACAUGCGGCGGAAGUGCAAGUGCCACGGCACGUCAGGCAGCUGCCAGCUCAAGACGUGCUGGCAGGUGACGCCGGAGUUCCGCGCCGUGGGGCUGCUGCGCAGCCGCUUCCACCGCGCCACGCUCAUCCGGCCGCACAACCGCAACGGCGGCCAGCUGGAGCCCGGCCCCGCGGGGGCCCCUUCGCCAGCCCCGGGUGUCCCCGGGCCGCGGCGCCGCGCCAGCCCCGCCGACCUGGUCUACUUCGAGAAGUCGCCCGACUUCUGCGAGCGCGAGCCGCGCCUGGACUCGGCGGGCACCGUGGGCCGCCUGUGCAACAAGAGCAGCUCGGGCCCCGACGGCUGCGGCAGCAUGUGCUGCGGCCGCGGCCACAACAUCCUGCGCCAGACGCGCAGCGAGCGCUGCCACUGCCGCUUCCACUGGUGCUGCUUCGUCGUCUGCGAAGAGUGCCGCAUCACUGAGUGGGUCAGCGUCUGCAAGUGAGAGCCAGGCUCCCCUCCCGGAGCCCGGCCCUCGGCCGCUUGCCAGCUUGGCCGGGCGAGCGUCGCCUAGGCUCCUGGGAGAGGAGUUGGGACCAUCGGAUCGCAUAGGAGCCUCCCGGCUCUGAGGGUCACAUCUGCAAUCAGGGGACAGCCCCGCCCUGCCUGGACACCACUCCUCACUUCUGUGGCCUCCAAGGACCGAUUUGCCUCCCCGCUCCUUGCCCCAGGCUCAGACAAGCUCAGCUGGGCUGGGGAUUGCCCCAUACCUAAGGGCAUGGGUGAGGGCGGGUGUCAGCCAGGCAGCCUCUGUGCCUGUCCCCUUUCCUGCCUUCACCUCUUCCCCCGGGGAGAGAGAAUGAAUGGAAGCGGAUGGGCAGGGGGACUAUGAUCAGAAAAGAAGAAAUGGACAUGAUUGUGCUGAAGUGAUUCUACAGAGGCCUCAGAUGUCCUCCCCACAGGGCCUCUGCCCCUCAUCACUCAUUUAACAAAUAUUUAUUUUGCACUCUUUGUGGCCUGGCACUCUGCAGGGGACGAAGGGUGCUGGGGACACAGACGUGAAUAAGAGAAUCACAGCACCUGCCCUCUUGGAGUUUACAUGCUGGUGGGGGGAGAUGGACAAUAAAUAAGAAAAUACACAGACCAGGUCAUCUCAGACAAUGUUCUGUGCCAUGAAGAAAAUACAGCUCCGUGCUGGGUGUAGAGUGAUUUCUGGGGAGUGGGGCCCCUUUAUUUUUGUUUGCAUUUAAAACAAUUUUUGAGUACAGUUGAUACAUAAUGUUAUAUUAGUUGCAGGUGUACAACAUAGUGACUGGACAAGUCUAUACAUUAUGGUCUGCUCACCACAAGGGUAGCUAUCAUCUAUCACCAUAGGAGGCCAUUACAAUACUAGUAACUCUAUUCCCUAUGUUGUGCCUUGUAUUCCUGUGACUAAUUCAUUCUAUAACUGAAAGCCUGUGUCCCCCCACUCCCCUGCACCCAUCUUGUCCAUCCCCCACCCACCUCCACUCU